GGCCCCCACAUGGGGGGAGUGUACGGGAUGGGAGGGUGAACUCUCAGAGUUACUUUUGAGUUUUGUAGCCUUUUCCUCUCAGGUUGGAGGCAGGGGUUUUGACAUCUCCCUGUAGGGUGACCAGAUAGCAAGUGUAAAAAAUCAGGACGGGGUGGGGGGUAAUAGGCGCCUAUAUAAGAAAAAGCCCCCAAAAUCAGGACUGUCCCUAUAAAAUCAGGACAUCUGGUCACCCUAUCUCCCUGUCCCAGUGUCCCCCCUUCAGCCCCAGUUCAGUGUGUAACACAGAUGGCUAUAUGGAGGCUUUUAAUCCUCCUGAGCUUUCUGAGGCCACAACCUGUCCUGCAUUUUCAACCGUGCUAAGUAACGGUGUUGAAUAUGGAUUCUGCUACCUCAAUUGUGCAAAUGGGACCCCGAUCUUGAUUAAAAGCUGCAGUUUAAGAACUGUUCAUGGUACAGACCAAUCUUGAAAAGUGUUUUUUUUAAAAAGCCCUUUCAGUAAAGUUCUGCACCCCAUCCGAGCUGGCCAGCAUGGCCGUGUUAGCGGACUGCAGCUUUAAAAGCAGUGCUUAAAAUCAGUUUGCUGGAAUAGCAGAGCAGGCAGUGUGUGUUUUACAGUUGCAUCCUAGUUAUAGCAAUAUUGGGAACCCUCGCGUAGACCAAGCUCCUGUGGUCACCAGCUUUUUUAACAGUGUUGUUAACCCUACUCAGAUCUACAUAACACUGUAUUAAGAAUGUUAGUGCUCAUGGGAGCAUUGUUGUUUACACUGGUGCUGUCGCUAUUGGAGUUCACCUAGGUUUUUUUUUUUUUUUUGCAACCCUUCCCCUCCCAAUGUAGACCAAAAAGAGUGACAUUUUCCAAGAGGACAUAUUAACCCCCCUUCAUUGAUCAAAUAACUAGCAAAGUUUUGCACAUGAAAAUAGUCAUGGUCUCAUGUAACUGGCAGCCAGGAAUUUCUGAUCCCUGUUCUGUUGUGGGCUUGGGCAAGUCUCUCUUACUGUCUUGGUUUCCUUAUCCUUAUAAUAAAUAUGUUUAUACCAUAGGUUUUUUGAAAUCAAUGUAAUGUGUUUUGAAGAUGUAAAGAGCUAUAAAAAUAAUAAUGGUCUAAUCCUCAGGACUUGUAGUACCUAUACUCCCUAGAACCACUGGUUUAAAUCCUGACAGUGCUGACUUCUAUGGCAAAUAAAUUCAGUUCAGUGCAAUUUAGCCUGGGUCACUUUUGGAUGUGAUCUUAAAAACCAAGAUCCUGUCUGCUCUGCAUUCCUGGUUAGACAAUAAAGAUACUUUUCUGAGGUAGCAAGAGAAUAGACUUGUUCCAGUGUUCUUUCCAUCCUCCCUUGUAACAGGUAAGUAGCAGCUAGCUAGGUGAUGUUGAUUGAUGGGGUCAGCCCCACCUGCAUGAAAAUAUUAUUUACUGUCAGUCUCUGCAUGGCCAAAACUCAGGACAGAGACUUGAGGCCAAUCCUGCAAACCAUCACUCCCACAAGACGUCCCACUUCCUUCAAUUAAACUAGUAUGGAUAAGGAUUACUCUUGUGAGUAAAGGGCCAUGGGAUCUUGGAUUUCUAAUUGCAAGCAGCAUUAAGACCUACUGCUGUUCCAUUUGGAAAGUUGAUGGCAAAACUCCCAUAGACUUAAAUAAGAGCGAUAUCAGGGACAGCAAGGUUCAUGUCCAGCUAAUCCUGUCUAUCAGAAGUUUAUUUUUAGUGCAGAAUUAGCUGAGGUCAGAGUCGACACUGUCGGGUUUAGGAAGCUGUUCAGUGUCUCUCUCAAGGACUGACUUUGAAUGAUAUGGGGAAGAAACAAGUGGUGAGUUCAGUUCUAGGGAGCCUUUAAUUACAUUAUCUGUGUAUUUUUUUAAUUGAAAUAAAGUCUUUGGAGCAUGGGGAUUUUUUCUUUUGUCCAGUUCACUUAUUUAAUACAAAAUCUGAAUCUAAGCUGCCUCAUUUUUUCUAGGUGAGAAAAAUGUAUCAGGUGUGUGAGCUAUGCUUCAGCUAGUUUGUUAACAAGAGGUUUUAUUAUUUUGUAGUUUUAAUUUUGUUUUGACUUUAUGGUCAAAAUAAUUUGAAAAGGUUGUGUUUUAUUGCACAUUUUAUCAUGUUGGACUGUUCUCUCUCUAAAUUUAUAAUUUCACUAGUAAAGUACCCGCAACUCUUCAUACUAUAAUCUGCAAAUAUGUUGAUAUUAAAUGCCUAAUUUUUGGCAGUGUUUUUGUAGAUAAUAUUUUCAAUAACUGACUGGAGUGAUGAAUUAACUUUCCUGUUUGUGUAGUUUAUUAUAAGAGAAGUAAAAAUAUUUAAAGAGAACAGCUACAUAUGCCUCUGAGGUGUCUAUAGCAGUGGUUCUCAAACUUUUGUACUGGUGACCUCUUUCACAUAGCAAGCCUCUGAGUGUGACCCACCUUAUAAAUUAAAAACACUUUUUAAUAUAUUUAACACCAUUAUAAAUGCUGGAGGCAAAGGGGGUUUGGGAUGGAGGCUGACAGCUCGUGACCCCCCAUGUAAUAACCUCGUGACCCCCGGAGGCGUCCCUAGUUUGAGAACCCCUGAUCUAUAGCAUCUCUCGAAAAUUCAGCACAUAUCAGAAUUUAGGCAUUGACAUCAAAUGUGUAUUAGAUACUAUUUUACAUUUCUACAUAGCACCUUCCAUCCAAGGAUCUCAAUGCAAUUGUGUACAUUUGCUUAUGUAUGUGAUGUUCAGAAUCGCCUUUCAGAAGACUUAAUAUUUGUUGGAUGUGUCGGUCAUGCUUGGAAUGAGCUGGUUUCUGUGAAAUGGCUUAGCAAGGGCUUAGAAGGGAGAUGGUUUCAUAACAUACUGAUGGAAGAUUUUUAUUUCAGUGCCCACCCCGUGCCCUUCCCCCAGUUCCAAGAUGAAAUUCCACUUAGUCGUCCAAAAAGAAAGAAGCCCAAAGGAAAAAAUGCACUGGAGGGUAUUGUUCAUGCAGCUGUCCGUCGGCCAUCUGAGAGUAGCGAGCCUCUAACUCCUGAGGUUCAGGAUGCUCCACCUCAGAGGAAACGCAAGAAGAAGAGAAUGCCUCCUGAAUCUGAGACCUCUUUCACCCAGCAGAAUGUGCCCAACACAUCCUUUUUUCAGACUGGAAAUGGCAUGGAUCCCCAGCCCUCUGAAGAAACAGUGAUUCGUAAACAUCGAAAAAAAACAAAGAAGACUCGGCCAGCAGAAAUGCAAUGUUCCAAUGAACUGGGAGUGGAGGAAGAGGACAUUAUUGAAGAUGAACAAACAAAAAGUCCAGAUCAGCAACCUGUGUUUGCUGUUCCCACUGGUGCUAGCCAGCCUGUGAGCAAGGUGUUUGUUGAAAAAAAUCGGCGUUUCCAGGCAGCUGACCGCACAGAAUUGGUUAAAACCACAGAAAACAUUGAUGUAUUUAUGGAUGUAAAGGCUUUAUGGACCACUAGGGAUGUGGCACUCUCAGUGCACCGUGGUUUCAGGGUGAUUGGACUCUUUUCUCAUGGCUUCCUUGCUGGCUAUGCUGUGUGGAACAUUAUUGUAAUAUACAUUCUAGCAGGAAACCAGCUAUCCACUCUCUCAAACCUGCUACAGCAGUACAAGGCCUUAGCAUAUCCUGCUCAGAGUUUCCUUUACUUGUUGUUGGCUAUCAGCACAGUUUCAGCCUUUGACAGGAUUGACUUGGCUAAAGCAUCAGUAGCAGUGCGAGGCUUCCUGACCCUGGAUCCAGCAGCCAUAGCCUCUUUCUUAUACUUUGUUGCUCUCAUCUUGUCUCUGAGCCAGCAGAUGACAAGUGACAGAAUCAACCUCUAUACACCACCUUCGGAGAAUGGGAGCAUCUGGACCGCAGGUGCAGAGGAACAGAUUCUUCAUCCAUGGAUUGUGGUGAAUCUGGUGGUAGCUCUUCUGGUUGGGCUAUCCUGGCUCUUCUUAUCUUACCGACCAGAGCUAGAUCACAGUGAAGAACUGAUGUUUCAUGCUGAAGUAGAAGAAUUUCCUCAGCUGGAUAAAGGCCUCAAUGUCCAAUCGUAGUGCAGAAAAUGCAUCUUCAAAUACUGUAGCUGAGACUGAGGACUUAGCACUUAUAUGUAUUGUACCUGUAUAUAAUGCUUUUCUACAAAACAAAAUUUGUAUUUUUGUAUUGUUUUAUAUAUACUUGUUUCUGAUGGAUCUUUUAUUUUAAUUAUGCUAUUUUAAAAAAUUCCAAAGAUUUUUGAAAAUAGGACUAUAAAACAUUUUAUAUUUUUUUCUGAUAAAGUGAGUCUUUUCUGGUAGAUAAACUCAAAACUAGUUUGGUAAACAUCACUACCUAGAUAGCACGGGAAGAAGACUGAUGGUAUACAAAAGAUUAGAUGGGCAAAUGCUUUUGUGAGUAGCAUUUUUUUUAUCCUCAACCAGUUGCCUUUGGGUGUUGAUCCUAAUGUCAGCUCAUCUGAUUAGGACAUAUUACUUGGUUAAAUAUUUUUAA